CAUUCGACUCGCUGAUUUAUUCGUUUACUCCUUCUUUUUUUACUCCCUUCGAUCCAGGUGGAUCGAACAGGACACUAUUGUUAUUUUUGUGUUCGAAUUUAUUCCGAGCAACGGUCGGGCUCUGAUCGCGUAGUCACGGUUGGACUGUUCGGAGUACCGGCUCGCUCCAAGCACUUGUCGGAUUGGCUGGCGGCGUGCCAUAGGCGUUCUUCAGCAGAGCCCUGUUCUUCGGUCACCUCAGACGUCUUUUUCGUCUCUUUUCCGAUCACGUGUUCAUUAGCCAGCAGUCGAGUAAAAGAAGGAGUAGCAGUUCUCAUCCGCGAUGACGCCCAUCGUCGGCUACUGGGACGUUCGGGGACUGGCGCAGCCCAUCCGCAACCUCCUGAUCUACCAGGGCGUCGAGUUCGAAGACAAGCGGUACAAGUUCGGCCCGGAGCCCGACUUCGACCGCGAGGAGUGGCUGGGCGAGAAGCCGACGCUGGGCCUCAGGUUUCCAAACCUGCCCUACUACUUCGACGACGACGUCAAGGUGACGCAGAGCCUCGCCAUCGUGCGCUACCUGGCGAGAAAGCACGACCUCGCCGCAAGGGACGAGGAGGAAACGCUGGAGCUGGACAUGCUUGAGCAACACGCUCGCGACCUACUCUGGGGACUAAUGAUGGCCAUCGCUUCCCCAAAUUACGAGGAGACUCGGCCCAAGUACGAGGAAAAGAUGGAGAGUCUGCUGCAGCCGUGGGACGAGCAGCUGCAGGAGAAGGAGUGGGUCAUUGGAGACCGGGUCACGUACGUGGACUUUCUGCUGUACGAGGCGCUCGACUGGAACUACGAGCUGAACGCGGCCGCGUUCGAGGGCUUUCCGGCGCUGACUGCCUACACGAAGCGCUUCGAAGAGCUGCCAAACAUCGACGAGUACUUCGGCUCGGACAAGUACAAUAAGUAUCCCAUGCUAGGACCGAUGUUUCAGUGGGGCUUCGAAAAGGAGUAGCGCACUGCUCUCCUGGUUUUGAACGGCUUUCUUCGUUUGAACGAAAUGUCGGCAUACUGUUCCACGAGAAGACACACUCAGCAAAGAAAGCA